CUUCUCUGUCAUGAGUAAGCCGUAAAGAUUUCUCUCUUAACAGAAAACAGCUCAAAGCACUAUAGUAAAGCACCAAAAAGUUCUAAAACCCUUUAAAAAUAAUUGAUUUCUUUGGCUAGUUUUUUGCUUUUGGCUUUUGGACGUGAAGGACACCGCUGAUUCAAGAGAGCGUACCAUAAUUUUGGCUCGGCGGAGUCAGUUGUGCAAAGUAUCCCCACUCAUAUAAAGGACCUAUGAUGCGGUUCUCUAUUUUUAUUUGCUGAAAAAAACGUUGGUAAUUGAUUGGUAUACAGAUGAAUUCUGUUCUUGUCCAGCGGGGAUCUUUGUCCAAGAUUGUUUCAAAUUUUAUUUCCAAACAGGGUUUGCAAUCUAAUAUUUUUGUAUUGAGGUUUAAUCAUUCAGCUGGUCUGAAAUAUUUUCAAGCUUCAAAAAUUCGAUAUGGUAGUUUAUUUUUUGUUUAUCCAGCAUUUAGAGGUUUUUUAUUUAAGUCAGCAAACUGUGAAAAACUUUAUGUUUCACAUAAAAAAAGUCGUAUUUCUCCUGACUUAAAUUCUAAAUUGAUCACUUCAUUUAAGCCAACUUUCAGAUGGAAACUUUUUAUUGAAUUAAUUAAACCUGACUGGGUUUUGUUUAUGUUUUCUGUAUUUGGUGCAUUUGCUGUUGCAUUGGUUAAUAUACAGACCCCAUUAUUACUUGGAGGAUUAAUCAAUUUCAUUUCUGAGAUAUUAAAAGAAAGCCCAACCUCAAUUAACAUUUUUAAUGAACUCUACACUCCUUGUAAAAAACUAGUUAUAAACUAUAUACUGCAAUCAAUUUUUACGGCAACUUAUUUAACUCUAUUGUCUUCAUUUGGUGAGCGAUUAGCCUCACGAAUGAGAAUAUGUUUAUUUACAAGGUUGAUGGAGCAAGACAUGAGUUUUUUUGACAAACAUAAAACAGGAGAAAUAAUGAACAGAUUGACUACUGAUAUUCAAGAUUUUAAAAGUUCUUUUAAACAAGUUGUUUCACAAGGUUUGCGCAGUUUGACUCAGAUUCUUGGUUGCAGCAUUACGUUGUAUACAAUCUCUCCUAAACUAACUUCUUUAAUGGUGUUACUUCUUCCUGGAAUCAUCUUAAUUGGUACAGGCAUGGGAUCUUUAUUGCGUCAAAUUUCAAAUCAUGCACAAGAGCAGGUUUCUCGUGCUAUGGGUGUAGCUGAUGAAGCAAUUGGCAAUAUUAGAACUGUUCGUUCUUUUGCCAUGGAGUAUAAAGAGAUAGGGUGGUAUUCUAAUGAAGUUCGUAAGUCACAGCAACUUAAUGAAAUGCUUGGAGCUGGUAUUGGAGUGUUUCAAGGUCUUUCAAAUUUAGCAAUAAAUGGUAUUGUUUUGGCUGUACUGUACACUGGUGCCAUACUUGUUAAUAACCAACAGUUAACACCUGGUGAUCUAAUGAGCUAUUUGAUUGCCACUCAAACUGUCCAAAAAUCAUUAGCAUCUAUGUCAGUUUUAUUUGGCCAGUUUGUAAAAGGAAUGAGUGCUGGGGCUCGUGUUUUUGAGUACAUGGAACUUAAACCAACUUUAAAGUUAUUAGGUGGAAAAAUAAUACCGGCUGAUAAACUUAAAGGAAACAUAUCUAUUGAACAUAUCAGGUUUUCUUACCCAAAUCGACCAGAACACUUAGUUUUUGAAGAUUUAAACUUAAAUAUUGAAGCUGGAAAAAUGGUAGCACUGGUCGGUUCAAGUGGAUCAGGAAAAUCAACGUUAGCAUCUCUAAUUGAACAUUUUUAUGAUGUUGAAAGUGGCUGUAUAACAAUUGAUGGAAUAAACAUUGCUGAUUUAGACCCAUCAUGGCUUAGAGGAGAACUUAUUGGUUAUAUUAACCAGGAGCCAACUCUGUUUGCUACAACUGUUAUGGAAAAUAUUCGAUAUGGGUCACCUCAAGCAACCGAUAAACAGGUAAUUGAAGCUGCAAAGAUAGCUAAUGCAGAUGGAUUUAUCAGAAGCUUUCCACAGGCUUAUGACACAAUAAUUGGUGAAAGAGGUGCUACAGUGUCUGGCGGACAAAAGCAAAGAAUAGCCAUUGCUCGCGCUUUGUUGAAGAAUCCUAAAAUACUCAUAUUAGAUGAAGCUACCAGUGCUCUCGAUUCUGAGUCAGAAAGAUUAGUUCAAAAUGCACUUGAUAAAUUAAUACAAGGACGCACAGUGAUUGUUAUUGCUCAUCGAUUAAGUACAAUACAAAAUGCUGAUUUAAUUGCUGCAAUGGCUAAUGGAGAAAUCAGAGAAAUCGGAACUCAUAAAGAACUGUUACAGAGAAAUGGUUUGUAUGCGGAGUUAGUUCGAAAUCAGGAUGCUUCAGAAAGACUUUAAUGCUUCGUUUGAUUUUCAACUCAACAAGUUUUUUAUACUUGAGAAUUUUAUUGAGUGGAAAUUCCAUUAGUUUUCUAUUUCAUUGAACUGCAGAGUUUUCUCUAUAAAAAGUUCUUAUACUUUAA